UCUGGGAAAAAUAUUGUUAUUGUACUUUGAAGGGGCAUGACUUUUUCUAAACUUAAACAAAUAAUAUUGGGGAAUGCUAAUGCACACCCACUCUUUUUUUAAAAGGAGUGCUUAGCAACAUACACCUUUUUCUUUAGACAAAAAACUCAACUUUCAGCUUUAAAGUUAAGUUACUUUAUAAGGGUACCAAAAUAAUUUCAUAAGAGCACCUUUUAUAAAGAAGUAACUUAGCAUUGAAUACCUUUUCUUUUAGACCAAAAUAUCCAAUUCUCUUAUCUUUAAAACAAUUCUAGUUACGGGUAUAUAUGUAAUUUUAUUACUAUUUUAAUUUUAAACUUCUUUAUUUCUCUUAGCUCAUUUAUUAUCUUCUCCCCUUUCUCUUUUUCUCUUUCUCUGAACCUCUUGCAUCGCUGCUCUCUUCCUCACACAUCUUCACUUCUUCCUUUUUCUUCUUACCUAAUAUGUGUGUGGGUAUGUUUGAUAAAAUAAAACAAUUUGUUGAAUGAAAGGUGGAUGUAUGUUGAGAAAAAAAAAGUGAAAUUGGUGAAAUCAAGCUGGAGAUUUCGAUACCAGUUUCUAUAAUUUAGGGGUGGUUGAGAAGUUCUGUGAUUAUAACUGGGUGGGUAUAUCCAAAUAAAGCAGUGGUGGAACACUCCGAAUAAACCAUUGGCAGAGGCUAGAUUUUCGAUCUAAAGAAAGGAGUCUUGGAGGAGCCAGAGCUGCUCUUCAGCUUGAGCUGCACGGACCAAAAACGGGAGUUGGGUUUGGGCCCCCCUAUGGGGCUCCGCGCCCCACCUCUUUUUUUUUAACCCAUAAAUGCCCUACGGAACUUAAACUUCCGUAUUCAAUAAAAUAGAAUACGGAAGUUAAAAUUCCGUAUUAUAACUCUGACAGUCAUCACCUUUUCCACCAUUACUCCUCCCUCCACCAACCCCUCCACCAUUACUCCUCCGUCACCAACCCCUCACCAGCCCCCUUAACCCCCUCAAUGCCUCCAGACCACCCUCUCUCUCACCCUCUCCUACCUCACUUUCAUCCUCACUUCCAUUCUUCCUACCACCACCACCAACUCCUUCAUUGGCAAGCUCUCCACCAUUGGAUGCAAAAAGAUAGCAUUUGAGGGAUGACAGAAUCAUUUUUAUUUCAUGAAUCCCAAUUGAUUGAAGUUGGAUUGAACAAUGCGCAACCUGAAGAGGUGCCACCACCAGCAUUUGUACUCCCGUGUAUAAGUAUAGAUGUCUCGCAUUUAUUUACAACUGAUCAGAUUUUCCCUACCCGUGAUGAUCUUAUCAAUUGGGUUCAUGAAAUUGCGAUUGAAAAUGGAUAUGUUGUGUUGAUCACAAAGUCAGAUAGCGGUGGGAAUGGAAGCAGAAAAACUUAUGUCAUGUUGGGGUGCGAGAAGCAUGGUAAGUAUGUUCCCUACAGAGACCCUGACCUUGUUGAAGGAACGAGAACACAAAAGACAGAAUGUCCUUUUAGACUAAAAGGACGACCUAUGAAAAAUGGCAUAGAUAGAGAUUGGCGGCUAAAGGUGAUGGAAGGUACACACAACCAUGAACCAGCUAGGUCACUACUUGGCCACAAUUUUGUUGGUCGUCUAAAUUCCGAAGAGAAGGAGCAAGUGGAAAAAAUGUCAAAGAGUUGGGUUCCACCGAGAAAGAUGCUGUUGACUUUGAAGGAAAACAAUCCUUUAAACUUGACUACCAUAUCUCAGAUUUAUGGUGCUUGCAAGAGGUUAAGAAAAUCCCUCCGCGGGUCAUUGACAGAAAUGCAACACUUGUUGAAGAAGUUGGACGGUGACAAGUACGUCCACUUUGAAAGACAUGAGCCUGGAUCGGAAGUCAUUAGGGAUGUAUUUUGGGCUCAUCCAAAUGCUAUCAAACUGUUCAACACAUUUCCAUAUGUAGUGAUUAUGGAUUGCACAUACAAGACAAACAAAUAUAAAAUUUCAUUGCUUGAGAUUGUUGGACUGACUUCCACAGCUAAGACAUACUCCAUAGCCUUUUGCUACAUUGUUAAUGAGGGCACAGAUGACUACGUUUGGGCACUGGAGUGUAUGAAGUCUCUAUUAGCUGAUCAAGCCAUGUUGCCUAAGGUGAUUGUUACUGACAGGGAUCUUGCCUUAUUGAGUGCUGCUAAGCAAAGCCUUCCCAACACCAGCCAUUUAUUAUGCUUGUGGCACAUCAACAAGUGUGUUUUGGCAAAGUGCAAACUCUAUGUUGGUACAGAUGAUUUUGCUGAAUUGGUUAUGAGGAAGUGGGGAGAGGUGGUGGAUGCUGCAACAGUUGAAGAAUUUGAAGUUCAAUGGAUGCAAUUGUUUAAUAUGUGCAAGGACAAAUACAGCAACUUUACCUCCUAUUGUUCUACUACAUGGUUGGUCCACAAGGAAAAAUUUGCCAAGGCAUGGACAAAUCAUGUGAUGCACUUUGGAACAACAACAAGUAACAGGGCUGAGGGUGCACAUGCCAGUUUGAAGAAGAUGUUGCGGGAUUGCAAGGGUGACCUAGCCACUUCUUGGGAUGCGUCGCAUAGUUUGACAUGUAAUCGACAUACUGAAAUAUUAGCAUCGUUUGAGCGCAGUAUUCACAGAAUUGAUCACAUUUUCAUGUGCCCAUUUUACACAAAUAUUAGAGGAUUUGUGUCAAACAAAUGCCUGCAGCUCCUUGAUGCUGAACAUAUAAGAAUGAAGUCCUACGGCCAAUGCGAUUGCUUGUUGAGAGAGACUCAUGGACUGCCUUGCGGUUGUGAACUUGCAGGUUAUGAAAGAAUUCCAUAUGAGGCAAUUCAUCCAUUCUGGAAGAGACUGAGUUGGGAGCAUGUACCUGAACCUGUUGCAGAUACUAUCUGCAACCAUAUUUGCGGCAUGAACCAUGGAGAUAUGCAACCAGAAGUUGAGGCAUUGACACAUUAUUUCAGUUCUUUGGAUACUGGAGGGCAGAGUAUGAUAAGGAGGAAGCUUCAAGCUAUCUAUUGUCCUGAAAGCAGUUCACUUUGUACUCCUGAGGUUCAGAUAAGGUCCAAGCGCACUCUUAAGGCGAACGAAAGAAAACCACCCAAGGUUAAAGCAAUAGGAUCCUUGACUCGUGAUCCUUCAGGUUUUGAGCAUGUUGAUAGGGAGAUCAAAGAGGCAAAGAAGGCUUCGCAACCACCAAAGAAGAAGAAGCGUGUGAAGAAGUCUGAUACAAGUUAUUUCAUGGGUCAUUUUCCAUCCUUUUUCCACCCAUAUAUACACACAGUUCAGAAUGUUGAGGACGAUGGUAACUGUGGCUAUAGAGCCAUUGCUGCAUUACUGGGACUACCAUCAGGUGAGGAAGGUUGGUCAUGUGUUAGGGAAGCGUUGAUAGACGAACUUGAACGACACAGAGGAUUGUAUGAUGAAAUGUGGUCCAGACAUGUGGUUAAUGUCUUACAUUCUCGACUCACUCUUCCUCCUGGUCAUCCGGCUACCGAGGAUAAAUGGAUGCAACUGCCAGAGAUGGGAUACCUUGUAGCAACCAGGUUCCAAGUGGUUUUCAUAUCCAUCUCUUCUCAGGGUUGUUGGUCAUACCUUCCACUAAGAGGAGAAGGUCCACCUCCUGUACAUCGUGUUAUAGCUAUUGGUCAUGUGAUAAAUCACUUUGUACAGCUCCAUCUAACUCUUGGACAUUCUAUGCCGCCAAUUGCUCUCCAGUGGGAACGGUAUGUUGAUCCUAUAUCAGUAAGCUGGUGCGUCCCAUAUGUUACACAUUUACACAGGUUCACAUCAGAAUUCGAAGCUUGGCUUGUUACUUUUGGUGUUCCUCUUAGUCACCAAAGCUAUGCAGACAUCACCACAGACUGACACCACACUUUGUGUAAUAUUCAUUUGUAAACGCUUUGUAAUAUUAAUCUGAUGGGCCUUGCCCUUAUGUUGUUCAUUGCUGCUUUUAAUAAUAGUAAUUUAAUGGUCAUUGGUAUA